AUGCUGGGAAUCCACGCCAUCUGCAGUCUGACCGUGACCUCAGUCGCAAAACUCACGGUUGAAACAAUCAAGCAAGAAACAACACACACUCACUAUCUUCCCCUCCCCCCCCGCCGCCCCACUCACCAGAAUGUUAGGGAGAAUCCGCCCACUCUGGCGGCCUGGAGUGUUCGUUCCCUUUUAAACUAUCAGAGGAGCAACCGACCGGAACGGAAGACGGCGCUGGUGGCUCGGAAACUGGCGCGCUACAAGGUGGACAUCGCAGCACUCAGCGGGACCUGGUCCACCGAACAAGGUUGGUACCGGCUACACCUUCUUCUGGGGCGGUCGUGCAUAGGCAGAGGGACAGAACGCUAGUGUCGUUUUCGCCAUCCGGAACGACAUCGUUGGACGACUGCCCUGUCUGUCGCAGGGCAUUAACGAUCGUCCGAUGAGCCUUAGUCUUCCUCUCCAAGGAGGUGAAUUCGCCACCGUCGUCAGUGUCUAAGCUCCCACGAUCACCAGCCCUGAGGAGGCGAAGAACAAAUGCUACGAGGACCUACAUGCCAUCCUGACGUCUUAGCCGAAUUCGGAUAAUUUGAAUGCCAGUGGUGACUUUAAUGCUCGUGUUGUCACAGAUCAUGCGGCGUGGAGUGGAGUGCUGGGUCGCCCUGGUCUCAACGGCUCUAAUGACAAUGACCUGCUUCUCCCACGAACCUGCGCAGAACGCCGGUUCCUCCUGACCGACACUCAAUUCCGCCGCUUGAUGCAAGAGAAUGCCACUUGGACGCACCCUCCGUCGCGUAAAUGGCACCUGCUGGCCUGUGUCCUCGGUAGGAGGCGAGACCAGCGUAACGUGCUGGUGACAAAGGCGAUCGCGGGUGCUGAUGGGUGGACCGACCACCGCUUCGUCAUCUCGAAGAUGCGUAUUCGCCUACAGCCUCGCAGGAGACCACAAGAUAAGUGA